AUGUCUUCAGAGCUUCUAACAUCCUUCCGCAAGUUUGCCAUAUAUGGAAACCCCGGUGCAUCUGGAAAUGACAUGAAUGGCAAGAACUUUACCAAAUUGUGCAAGGAGUGCAAGAUCUUACAGGGCAAGUGCACCAACGCUGACGUGGAUAUUGUCUUCAGCAAAGUCAAGAGUAAAGGAGCUCGUGUUAUUAACUUCAGUGAGUUCCAGGAGGCCCUGAAAUUACUCUCAGCAAAGACAUUCCCAGGGAUGCCUGCAGAUCAGACUCAAGCUGCAGUUGUUGCACUGGUAGUAGGAAAAGAACCACUGAGCAUUGGAACCACAAAAACAACAACAAUGGGAGCAGUGGAUCGUCUCACAGACACCUCAAAAUACACCGGCACACACAAGCCCCGGUUUGACAGCAGUGGGAAAGGCAAAGGCAAAUCCGGCCGAGAAGAUGUGGUAGAAAACACUGGAUAUGUUGGAUCUUAUAAGGGAAAAGAUACCUACAACAAGAAAAAUGAAUAAGUUCAUAACACUGAUUCCAUUUAGCAUCAUGACAUGGUUAAAAAAUAUGACUGUUGUACAACAUAACAAUUGAUAAGUUAGUUGAAUAAC